AUGUCCAUGACAGUCCUCUUCCGUUUCAUCGGCGCGGCGUUCCCGACCUUCGAUGCCGCAUCCAAAGCUUCGGGUUUGGUUCUUGCCUCCUUCUUCGGCUGUAUGGGUUACAUGAUCGCUAAGCCGGAGAUGCACCCCUGUCUCAGUUGGAUCUUCUGGAUCAACCCUAUGGCCUACGGUUUCGAAGCCUUGCUUGGGAAUGAAUUCCACGGCCAGGACAUACCAUGCGUUGGGCCAAAUCUCAUCCCGAGAUUCCGCCUACCCUCAUCGCCGCAACAUGCCGGCAGUGUCUUCUUUGUCGUGGUCUGUUACGAGUUCCUCUACACCGGUAUUGGGCAGAUGAUAGCCGCAUAUACCCCUAAUGCCGUCUUCGCAUCUCUCGUUAAACCGCUCGUCGUUAUGACUCUGGUGUCUUUCUGUGGCGUCAUGGUGCCAUAUAGCCAGAUUGUGUCAUUUUGGAGAUACUGGAUCUAUUGCAUUGACCCUUACAAUUACCUCAUGAGUUCCCUGCUAGUGUUCACGACUUGGGACAAGCCCGUGCGCUGCUCGCCGGAACAGCUCUCCAUCUUUGACCCUCCCGCCAACCAGACCUGCGGUGAAUACCUGGCUGCUUGCCAGCAGGGCAUGGGUGCUGGCACGAACCUCCUCAAUCCGGACGCCACCAGCCGUUGUGAGGUGUGUCAGUACGCAUCGGGCGCUGGCUUCUUGCGCACGAUAAAACUUCAGAACGAGUCCUACGGCUGGAGAAACGCCGGGAUCGUUUUUGCUUUCGUGGCCGGGUGUUAUGCGAUGGUGUACCUGACGAUGAAGCUGCGAACUAAGGCGACGAAGAAGGCUGAGAACUGA